GGAGGAGCGGCCACGGCCACGGCGGCGGCGGCAACGACGAGGAGGAGAGGCGCGUCUCCGCCGCCCUCACCUGGACAUGGAGGGCGAGGAGGAGACGACGCCGCCGCCAUCAUCUCCUCCUCCUCCACCGUCGACGACGGCUUCUUCUUCAUCAUCAAUCUCCUCAGCAUCGUCGUCGUCGUCGCGCCGCCACUACUCGGUGUACAGCGAGAGGGUGGUGAUCAACGUGUCGGGGCUCAGGUUCGAGACGAGGAGCCAGACGCUGGAGCAUUUCCCCGACACAUUGCUGGGCGACCCGGCCCGCAGGAUGCGCCACUUCGACCCGCUGAGGAACGAGUACUUCUUCGACAGGAACCGCCCCAGCUUCGACGCCAUCCUCUACUACUACCAGUCGGGCGGGCGCCUCAAGAGACCCGCCAACGUGCCCUUCGACAUCUUCUGCGAGGAGGUGAAGUUCUACGAGCUGGGGGACGAGGCGGUGCUCAGGUUCCGCGAGGAGGAAGGCUACGUCAAGGAGCAGGACAAGCCGCUGCCCCACGACGAGUUCAAGCGCCAGAUCUGGCUGCUCUUCGAGUACCCCGAGAGCUCCAGCCCGGCCAGAGGCAUCGCCAUCGUCUCCGUCCUGGUCAUCCUCAUCUCCAUCGUCAUCUUCUGCCUGGAGACCUUGCCCGAGUUCAGGGACGAGCGCGACUUCAUGCCCGCCUCACGGGCGGGGGCGGGGGCGGCUAACGGGACCUCCCGUCCCUCUCCCUCUCCAUCUCCUUCUUCCUCUUCCACCACCACGUCUUCCUCCUCCUCCACCACCACCACCACCGCCUCCUCAUCCUCCACCUCUUCUUCCGUGUCCACCUUCAGCGACCCCUUCUUCAUCGUGGAGACGGUCUGCAUCAUCUGGUUCUCCUUCGAGUUGCUGGUGCGCUUCUUCGCAUGCCCCAGCAAGCCGGGCUUCUUCAAGAACAUCAUGAACACCAUCGACAUCGUCUCCAUCCUGCCUUACUUCAUCACCCUGGGCACCGAGUUGGCCAAUGUGCAAGGGGGCAACGGGCAGCAAGCCAUGUCCUUCGCCAUCCUCAGGACCAUCCGCCUGGUGCGGGUCUUCCGCAUCUUCAAGCUGUCUCGCCACUCCAAGGGCUUGCAGAUCCUGGGCCAGACGCUGAGGGCCAGCAUGAGGGAGCUGGGCUUGCUCAUCUUCUUCCUCUUCAUUGGGGUCAUCUUGUUCUCCAGCGCCGUGUACUUCGCCGAGGCCGACGACCCCAAGUCACAUUUCACCAGCAUCCCGGACGCUUUCUGGUGGGCUGUGGUCACCAUGACCACAGUGGGCUAUGGGGACAUGAAGCCCAUCACGGUGGGGGGCAAGAUCGUGGGCUCCCUCUGCGCCAUCGCCGGGGUGCUGACCAUCGCGCUGCCCGUGCCGGUCAUCGUUUCCAACUUCAACUACUUCUACCACCGGGAGACGGAGAACGAUGAGCAGUCUCAAGUGUCUCAAUCGUGUGCCCUCCCUUACCUCACUUCCUCUUUCUUGAGAAAGUUCCGCAGUUCUUCCUCUUUAGGCAACAAGUCCGAAUACUUGGAGAUGGAGGAGGGCUUGAAAGAAUCUCUGUGCACGACGCAGCAAUCUAAAGACAAUGGCACAGAGACAGUCAAACAUAAUUCCGUCAAUCUCAAUGCAGUGGAGACCGAUGUUUGAAGCGACAACUCGUAUUAUAUUUUCACCAGUGCCAGUUGACUCGCCGUGUUCGCUCGUUCACUGCUUAACCGGCACGCAGAAAAACAGUGUUCUAAAGAUAACGGGAGAGGUUCAGCCCUUAUAAACAAAGUUCAAAGUAACAACGGGAGAGGUUCAGCCCUUAUAAUGCAUUUCGUUGUCUCUGUACUGUACACUGACAAUGACAAUUAAAAUUGAAUCUGAAAGCAAAACAUCAGAGAAAAUCGCGAUGGCUGGAGUUUGUAAGCAGAAGAAAUUCUAAAACUGUGUCAGCGCUCUUGGAUGGAAAAGCCUUGCACUGCAUACACAUUGGAGACCAGACGAAAAACGUUUGUAGUUUCCAGUGUUCCUUGGACACCUGCGGCAGUCAGAUUCUUGAAUUCAAAUGCAGUACACAAACAAACCUCCAUAUUUUACUUGGGAAUGUUGCUCAUUUUGCACUGCACUUUCCUGGUGAUAUGUUGAACUGAAUAUCAUUAGUCAUGCUCUUUUUAGAUAUCCAAGUGAAAUUAUGCAUCAUUGUAAUAUCAAAAGUACUGUUUAAUUGUUUGAACCAAUAGUUAAAAUGAGUUUUUAUUUGAAUGAGUUAACCUAUAUUUUACUCCAAUCCUUCUGUUGGUGUUUCCCCUUAAAAUGAUCAGAAUUGAACGUUCUUUUAAAAGGAGCCAAAGCUGAAAUGUACUCUUUAUGGUAGGUUUAUAUCGGAGUUUGUGAAUAACCUGAGCACAGCAUUAACUAUAAACUGCAAACUUUACACAAGUGAGCCAAUGUACAGCCAAUACCUACAUGGAAACAGAAUCACCCUGAAGUUUAUGCUUAUGUGGACAUGAAUGUCAUGGCAUUCUUAUGCUGCAAAUUUCUGUGACUUAAUAACUGAUGACAGGGUCGGAUCAACACACAUACACUCAAGCACCAGAAAAUCAAGUUAAAUGCUUCAACAAAAGUUGUGGACCAGGAAUAUCACACUGCCUUGACGAUGGGAAGACAACACUGAGAAUGAAUGAAGCUCUGCUUCUGGGUAACACAGUUGUCAAGACCAGCUGGAUGUUGGCUCAUGUUAUUUUUGAAAUAAUUCAUGUAGAACGUGCUGAGAAAGAGUUAUACACACAACUCCCAUGUGAAUCCCAAUUUCUCAACAAAUAAAAACAUGUAGGAUUAACAUCCAGCUGUGAUUAGUAAGAAGAUUACUGAUUAAAGAAAGUACCUAAAUAAGUAAGCAGUCUGACAUGUGGCUGUAGCUUAUGGCAGAAUAACCCUGCAUAGAAAUCAGCUUUAUUUUUCCCCACUCUGCCUGUCGAAAGCUGUGAACCUUUGGAGACGUGCAGUUAGUCCACUUUUUAACUACUGUGAAAUCUUGUCAGUGACACAAAUUGCUUGACAAUCAUUGGAGACGACUUAAUACCACAUUCACCAAUUAAAUCACAAAUGAGUGUGCUGAAGAAUGAAGGUUGUACAACGAGGUUAUAAUUAUAUGAACUGCACUUUCUGAAAUGUUGUUUUACAGCAACAAAUAUAACUUCAAUUCAGCCAGAUGUGCAGAGCUUCACUUCUGCUAAGGAUAAAAUAAUAAGCAGUGAAUCAUUGCUACAUUUUUGAGUUUGUUUGAACUAGACGAUUUCAGUUGCACUUUGAGAACAAAUAAUAAUUGAUGAAACGAACGAUUAUGUUUGCACACAUAUUGAAUGAUGGCUUUGAGGGUUUUCUGCCUGAAAUGCAAGAUAUCUAAUGCAACACGAACGCCUGAAUACGGUCAGUCAUCCCGAAAGACGUUUAUUGUGGGAUAUGUCCUGUGAAUUAAUGAUCCUCCUCUAAACGAGAUCUUCCAAAUGGUGGAGCAACAAACCAGCAAAGGACUUUUAAGGUAUGAAAGGGUUUUUAUUCUUCAUCUUCACAGCAGCUAUGCGAUGAAUAGUGAAAGAUUGUUCAUAAAUUCCAGUGGCUCUAGUGGGUUGUAGUCGUGGAUUUAAGUGGCAGACAGUUGGCGAUGAGCGCUUCCUGUCUAAUGUGUACCAGGCACGUGGCGCAGUAGAAGAUCCCAGUGUUCCCUGAUUCAGGAAAUCAGUUUGCUUGUGUAAAAUGGUUUAAACUAUCUUUUCCACACAAACAAAUAUGGUUAAUUAUUCUUUUUUUUUGUUAAAAGACUAAUGUUACAGGAUUCAAAUAAUCUGAUAGUCUGUUUGAACUAAUACAUUUUGAGAAAUUCAAGCACAAAAAAAAUCAAUUUGCUAAUAAUUUUCCGUGGCCUUAUAAGCCAUUCAGUUGAUUUAUGCAAAGGUUGUAAAUGCAGCGUAUAGACUCUGCAGUGAGCUUUUGGUGUUUUGACUAUGAUGAUACGAAGCUGGGUGUGGAUUGUGAGUAGAAUAUAGAUUUAGACAAAAAGGGCAGACACUCGGGGCUGAGUGGUGUGCACUUUCUUCUACAGCAUUUCUUACGUUUUUUGCCAAAUUGUUUAGCAAUUAACCUUCAGCUGUGGAAAUAACUUACCAAGUUAUGAGGUGUUACGUACAUAUAACCAUAUAACAAUUACAGGGCCACAUGGUAAAUAAAUUAUUUAUCUGCCUAUAACUUGCUUCAAUGUUUCUUCAUGUGGGAUAUUGCUAAAAUAUUGUUUGUCAUAGGUUGGAUACCGUAUUGAAAAUCUUGUUUUGAGAUGUUGCCAUGUUUGCAGAAAGUAGCUUUUAAAAUCCACUACUGCUUGUAUAAAAGUAUUAACUCAUUCAGUAUUUGGUGACAGAAGUCAGUACUUCUAAUUCAAAUCUGCUGAGCAAGUAUAAUUGCUCUGAAAUUUAAAGUAAAACACUGGUUAUUAUAUAGAUUAGAUUAUAGGUCAGUCCCAUUGCAAACCUUUUGAAAAUUGAACAUCAGCUAGUUCUAAACGUUUUGUAACUGAUUUGUUAUAAUCUUUGACCAUGAAUGUAGAGUUCUGAAGAAUGUUACUAUCCCAUGGGCAUGCUGUUAAGUGACAUACCAAUGCCCAUACUGUUAUCCUUCAAGUUAUUCUGUUUGUGUUAUCUCACCUCCAACCUUUGGUCAACCAACUGAGGUUCUGUGGGACAAUUUUCUUCAUUGCAUCAAGUUAUCUUGGAAAUAUAAAGUUAUGAACAGGCCCUUUGAGCAUGCUCAACAGCAGGUACAGCAAGCAGUGAAGAAAGCUAAUGGAAUGUUGGCCUACAUAACAAGAGGAUUUCAGUAUAGGCGUAAAGAGGUUCUUCUGCAGUUGUAUAGGGCUCUGGUAAGACCGCAUCUGGAGUAUUGUGUACAGUUUUGGUCUUCUAAUUUGAGGAAGGACAUCCUUGUGAUUGAGGCAGUGCAGCAUAGUUUCACGAGAUUGAUCCCUGACAUGGCGGGACUGUCAUACGAGGAAAGAUUGAAAAGACUAGGCUUGUAUUCACUGGAGUUUAGAAGGAUAAGGGGGGGAUCUUAUAGAAACAUAGAAAAUUAUAAAAGGGCUGGACAAGCUAGAUGCAGGAAAAAUGUUCCCAAUGUUGGGCGAGUCCAGAACCAGGGGCCACAGUCUUAGAAUAAAGGGGAGGCCAUUUAAGACUCAGGUGAUAAAAAACAUUUUCACCCUGUGAAUGUGUGGAAUUCCCUGCCACAGAGGGCAGUGGAGGCCAAAUCACUGGAUGGAUUUAAGAGAGAGUUAGAUAGAGCUCUAGGGGCUAGUGGAAUCAAGGGAUAUGGGGAGAAGGCAGGUACGUGUUAUAGAUUGGGGACGAUCAGGCAUGAUCACAAUGAAUGGCAGUGCUGGCUCGAAGGGCCGAAUGGCCUCCUCCUGCACCUAUUUUCUAUGUUUCUAACUGUUUCGUAGGAUCAUUCAAGGCUGAUCAUCCCAAUUCUGCAGUCUAUUUAUGCGGUCGACAUAUCCUUUAAUGUUGAAUAUUAAGACACAUUUUGAAAUGUAUAAUGUGGAUAAAUGUGAGGUUAUCCAUUUUGGUGGCAAAAAAACAGGAAAGCAGACUAUUAUCUAAAUGGUGGCCGAUUGGGAAAGGGGGAGAUGCAGCGAGACCUGGGUGUCAUGGUACACCAGUCAUUGAAGGUAGGCAUGCAGGUGCAGCAGGCAGUAAAGAAAGCGAAUGGUAUGUUAGCUUUCAUUGCAAAAGGAUUUGAGUAUAGGAGCAGAGAGGUUCUACUGCAGUUGUACAGGGUCUUGGUGAGACCACACCUGGAGUAUUGCGUACAGUUUUGGUCUCCAAAUCUGAGGAAGGACAUUAUUGCCAUAGAGGGAGUGCAGAGACGGUUCACCAGACUGAUUCCUGGGAUGUCAGGACUGUCUUAUGAAGAAAGACUGGAUAGACUUGGUUUAUACUCUCUAGAAUUUAGAAGAUUGAGAGGGGAUCUUAUAGAAACUUACAAAAUUCUUAAGGGGUUGGACAGGCUAGAUGCAGGAAGAUUGUUCUCUAUGUUGGGGAAGUCCAGGACAAGGGGUCACAGCUUAAGGAUAAAGGGGAAAUCCUUUAAAACCGAGAUGAGAAGAACAUUUUUCACGCAGAGAGUGGUGAAUCUCUGGAACUCUCUGCCACAGAGGGUAGUUGAGGCCAGUUCAUUGGCUAUAUUUAAGAGGGAGUUAGAUGUGGCCCUUGUGGCUAAGGGGAUCAGGGGGUAUGGAGAGAAGGCAGGUACGGGAUACUGAGUUGGAUGAUCAGCCAUGAUCAUAUUGAAUGGCGGUGCAGGCUCGAAGGGCCGAAUGGCCUACUCCUGCACCUAAUUUCUAUGUUUCUAU